UACAGAAUUUCAAAGACUCAGAACUUCAGCUGCCCUAAUAGUGCUACUUGGAACUUUCAAGUUGCUCCUACUCUCAGUUCUUUCCUGGGGGGGAAUACUCACAGCUCUAAUCUCUUCUCCUUUGUUCUUACAGCUGUAUUAUCAAGUCCUAAAUUUUGGAAUGAUUGUCUCCUCAGCACUAAUGAUCUGGAAGGGGUUAAUGGUCAUAACUGGAAGUGAAAGUCCAAUUGUAGUGGUGCUCAGUGGCAGCAUGGAGCCUGCAUUUCAUAGAGGAGAUCUUCUCUUCCUAACUAAUCGAGUUGAAGAUCCCAUACGAGUGGGAGAAAUUGUUGUUUUUAGAAUAGAAGGAAGAGAGAUUCCUAUAGUUCAUCGAGUCUUGAAGAUUCAUGAAAAGCAAAAUGGACAUAUCAAGUUUUUGACCAAAGGAGACAAUAAUGCAGUUGAUGACCGAGGCCUCUAUAAACAAGGACAGCACUGGCUAGAGAAAAAAGAUGUCGUGGGGCGAGCAAGGGGAUUUGUUCCUUAUAUUGGGAUUGUGACGAUCCUCAUGAAUGACUAUCCUAAAUUUAAGUAUGCAGUGCUCUUCCUGCUGGGUUUAUUUGUGCUGGUCCAUCGUGAGUAAGAAGCUGCCUUGCUGGUCCUGGGAGGUGCCCAUACUCUGUGUUACUGAUGUUUGUGGUAGAUGUUGGUCUGUGAUUGGUGGAGUGGAGCGCACACGCCGGCCCUUCUUGGUAGCACUGGUUUGCAUUAGUUUAUGUUUCCACCCAGAGUCUGUGUGGGCGGGUGUGCGCGCACCACUGCGCGCUCCUCGGGGACUCAGUCACAGGAUUUCAUAUGUUGUCGUCACACUUUCGCAUUUUUGUACAUCAGUGAAUUUUUUAUAUUAAAAGGUUGAGCCAAAGCCCCCAGUGUUUGUAUUUUGAAGCCAAGCUUCACUUCUAAAGUGCCUGCAGAGUCUGUCAGGAGCACGCAGCUCUGCCCGAGUCUGAAGCCGCCUGUUCCUCCCUGUGAUGGGAAUGGCGUAUGCUGAGGUGGUUGGAAGUUUUAACGUUUCAAAAUGUUAAAUAAAAGACUUUGCAUAUU